AUGACGGAUCAGGGCGAAAAGAAGGGUAUCUGGAGCAUGCUCCGAAGAGCUAGUUCUAGGAGACAUUCAUCCAAACCUCCGCCCAAGGACCUCGAACCUAGAGAGUAUCACCGUCCUCGCCGUGCCAGUAAUGGUGACGCAGGCCAAUCGCCAUACCGCCAAAGUAUUGGUUCGGCUCCCGAUCUUACAUACGAUAAUAACCGCCCCACGACCGCCGAAGACGAGUCUUCCAACAUGCGCCGCAGGCAGAAAAGAGGGCAACCCGAACCCGAGCCCGAGCCCCAGUCUUCCCCAAUAAGGUCCAAAUCCUCUGGUUUUCUGAAUAAGGCUCGCAUAACCAACGGACGGCCAGUUCGCCCUCGAGAACCCCCAACAGUAACAUGGCCCCCUUAUGGCAUCUCUAUCGACGAUGAAUUGCCUCAGCAGCAUGCACUUGAGAUUGUUGCCCGUGGUGCUCCUUCACACAAAGGUCACAGGCGGCCUGUGGCGCAUCAGCCCGAUGAGUUCUACUCUCUUCAUACGACUUCGAGCGGUAACCGAGCUGAUGGCAAGGCCUCUGACCACACCGAUGCUGCGAACCUACACGAUUCUAUGACCCAGCUCAUGACUUUGCGCCUGCUAGGGCACGGUUACGCAGAAAAGCCAUGGGAGACGCUCGAACAGCCCAGCUAUGCUUUUCACUUUGGUCAUUUACCAGGAACCAUCACGCUCAAUGAGUGGGCCUCCAUGUCCAGCGUUCUUCCACCCACCAUGGCCCUCCGUGACGCUGGUGUUCUGCCCCGGGUGAUGAGUCUGGAGAGUAUUUUCGAACGCUUGCAGGAACUACGGCAUGGCAUUGAGGAUGAUGACGAGUCUUUACUUUAUCGUAUUCUAUAUAAGCGCAUUCUGAGGGACCCCGAUAAGUUUCUCAACCCUCAUCGAACUCUCGACAAGCAGAUCACCGAUCUAAUUCUUGUUCUUUCACGACCGGACUGGAUUGAUUUUAGCAACCCGCGAAAUCAAGUUGCUACCCGUUUCAUCUUUGAAAGGGGUCCAGAGAACCAGGAGCAGUUCCAUAAAUUCUUCCUUCAGCUUCUUCUCAGUCUUGAGCUUGAGUUGCGCAUUCAGUCAUAUCAACAUAGUGAUUGGGCCAAGGAGAAGCUGACUUCACAAAUACCACCUUCCAUCCAGUGGAAUUUGGCUCUAGCCAGACGUUGGCAGGAUUUCGUACGCGUUGACGACGUUGGCAAGACGCCUGAAGAAAUUCUCUUACGAUAUAAACUGAAGAAGCGCCAAAUCAGAAUGUUGAGGCGCUUUGCCCAAAUGAUGAGGUGGCCCAACCUGACCGAGACCCUUGAUAAUAUGAAGCAGAAGGAUUCGGAAUUGGCCUUGGAUGAGGUCAGCUCCGACGCCUUUGCCUUCUUCAGUGGCCUUGUGCUGCCUGGUCAUUCGUUCCCAUUUCUGAUAAUGAACACUCUUCUUGACCUCGACCCUGACAGUGCAACUGAUAAUCUCGCACUUCUCUCACAUAUGCAUCCUCACUGCGGUUUUCAAUACAAAAACAGCUACACGUAUUGGUCAGCCAGUUCGAUUGUGGGCAAAGUCCUGGCACCUACAUGCCAUGCUGUUGGAGGUUGGAUCGGCCCAGCACGACCAACAACGGAUCUUGAGCCAACUCAGAUCGCACGGAUUCGAAGUCGAAAACCAAAGCAACGAAUGACCCCUGAGGAUGUUGAGUCGAUGGCAGAACGUUCUGAUCCGCUUGGCCCUGCUGCUGAGACUUAUCCAGUAGAUGAUUAUCAACCAGUUACUCCGACCAGCGGCCCCGAAGAUGCUGUCGAUACCGUACGGGUAGAGUUGUUGAGUCUGAAGCCAGCGGAGCGACCCGAAGAUUCACCUCCGUCCACAAAGGUUUCGAAACUGUUUGACGCAACAGUACAAUUCGCCAUUAAUGGAGUAUCAUGGCCACUCAAGCUCAUGUACGAUGUCUCAUUCGUGGCGGCGUGGCCAUGUUCCGAAGGACCACAUCCACUCUUCUUCGACUAUGUCUAUAAAUCAAUUCGUGUUGAUUACAUCACUGGAGUGCGAGACUGGGGAAAUCUGUAUGGAGGUCCGCAAUUGCAUAGUGUGCGAUCAAGCCCUGGACCAGGCAUGAUGCAAGGCCCAUACAAGGACAUGUUCAGUCAGAGCUUCAAUCACCAUCACGCUCCUCUGAAUGGGUUCCUUCAGCCCGGUGGUCCCGAGGAGGAAGAUGAUGAAAACGACGACGAGAAGGUCCUUGUGGUGGAAGCGUUCGGUGUACGCGAUAACGAGGUCUUGGCACGAGCCUGGUGCUCACACUGGGGUCUCAGUGCCGUGGUGGCCGAUGUUGAAAGAACAUGCAUGGCAUGUGCCAUUCGUGAAGCGUACGCGGCAACGCUGACAGUGGUGAUCCUGGUGAAGGGUCAGGAGUAUCCCAAUAAUGAGUGA